AAUAUCAGUGUAGCACGCUAGUCCUUCGUGGGAGAUUGGUGUGCCAUUUACUAAAUCUCUGGACAUUCACCUAUAUCAGUAAAAACAUACACUCCCCUUUCUCAACAUUUUGGAUACAAGCUGGUUCAUCUAAUUACCGAGAUGUCACAGCCGACCACCAAAAAACGACAACGGCCGAGACCCUGUGACGCGUGUGCCAUCCGCCGAGUGAAAUGCGACAUCGAUAUAUGCACGGGCGGUAUCUGCUCGAACUGUCUCACUCAUCAAGUUCCAUGUACCAACCUCCGCGUGAGGCACAAGUCCGGUCCAAAGAAAAGUACCAGAACAGUCAAAAACACAGAAGAUCCCAAUCACGAAAUCUACACUCAGUCUACACUACCUGCUCAUGUGUGCGCAUUUUCUUUGAAACAAAUUAUCCCAUACCUUGAGAUAUAUCAUUCGAAUUAUUACGAUAUCUGGCCGGUAGUAUCAAUUCAGAGUACAGUUUCAAUUUUGACACGCUCAGACUCCUUUAAGAAUGUGGAGCAGGUAUUCAAACUGGCGACUGUUUUAGAUGACUUUCAUAUCACCAUCGCCCAGGACAACGCCCAAGAAUAUGCUCUUUGUUGCGCCUUGUGCGCUACGAUCGCACAGUAUCACAGUUUUGUGACAUGCAAUCCAGCCAGGAGCGAUCUCAAAAAUGCUGGCUUAUAUGCUCAAGAGGCAAGAAGGAUAGUUUAUGAGUAUAGACUGAAAAGCACACCAAAUAUUGAUCUCCUUCUGACAUUCUUCUUCCUACAUAAAUACUAUGCUAUUGCGCCUGGCCAACAACACAAAGGUCUUAUUUACCUCCGUGAAGCUGUUUCUUUUGCAGAUGUCUUGAAAAUGCGCGAACCCCAAUCGCUGCUUCAUUUGUCACCCUUUGAGGCUCAUAGACAGAAAAAAAUCUACUAUCUGCUCGUGGUGACUGAAAGGUUUGUCAGCUUUAAAACUAAUCUGCCUAUUCUUCUUGAACCUUCAAUCCCACUCCCUGAGGCAGAUUUCGAAAAAUCCUCAAAUUCACUCUACGGGUUCACCACUCUGUGUGCAAUUUUCAGUGCAACAGAUAAGCAAUUCUAUGUUGAGCUUCAUACUAAAGUGCUCGAGACAGGGCGCACCCACAACAUGUUCCAGAUUCCAGAGACCAACUUGUUUCAGGAUUUUACCUUGAACGGAUCCACAGAGUUGAAACGGCUCUGGCUCCUUGAACUCCAACAGAAGCUCCAAAUCAGAAUUGAUGUGGAUAAAAUUGCAACAAGUGCUCAAAAAGUGAAUGUCAUUGUCUCAAAAGCCUGGCUCCAGUCUUUGGGCUGGCUAAUUGCGUCUGCGAACUUUCUAAUUGUUUCUGAUGAGAGUACCGCGGUAGAACACGAAUGUUUCAAAAUUGACUUUCCUCUAAAAGUUGCAAAUGAGCUUCUCAGCAGUCUACAGAAUCUCCCCGAUCAUGCAUUUAGAUGCAACGGACCCGAUAUCUCAAUGAAACUACUGGAGAUAGCAGACUCUCUGUACAUUGUGAUCAAAAGCUAUGUUGACCCAGCAACCACCGAGCUGGCCUACGAACGCAUGGUGGCUGUAUUCGACAUGGUGUUGAAGUACAAAGCAGGAAUGGACUUGCCGCGAGCCCUGUUCGCCAAAAUCUCUAAUCUCCUCGAGUCUUGGAAAGAGAAUGGCUUGCGAGAAACACGUCACGAGCUGUCCUCUGAUUUUGCUUAUUAUGAACCUGCAUUGACACGCUCAAGCUCACUAGUACGCUGCAAUAAGAGACAGGACAGUGCUAUUUUCAGCAAUUCUUUUUCUGGAUCAAGAGCGAAUUUGCAACACAGACAGACAUCUGGUAUCCGACUGGAUGUUUCUUCCUCGCUAUUUGCAUCUUUGGAAAAAGUGUCAUCCGGCCAACUUUAUCCUCUCACAGCACACAAAGAGCCCACUACAUCAAAGGGUACAGCUUCAUUUUUUCUCGGACAGCUAGGGCCUAAUGCUUCGCCGUUUUACACACCUGGUGCGCCUUAGUUGACACAAAAUAGCAAUCCUAAUUAUUUGAUGAUAUGCUAUUAUGCCGGUGAAAUUUGUCGCUAGUUGAAGAGGAGACAGUAUUUGUUCACUUUGGAAAUUCGAACUCGCCCAAAAGAGGUGUCAGAGUCAAGUUCUCCGGCAUGGAGGCAAUGAUUUCUGGUGUAUGGUCGUUUUCGUUCUCUUCAUAGUCUGCAGACUCUAUUUUUGGAUAAGAAACGUCGCAGCCGUUUCGAUAGAAGUUGAACCUGCGAGAUUCCAAAGUUUCAGUGAUAGGGUGUAUGAGAGGCUCGAGCGAACUGUUGGAGUUCUGCUGCAUGAUGAUACCGUGGAUGUAUGCAAGCUCGUCUAACGCUAAAGCUGUUUCGGGCGAUCCUGGAGCCAAUCGAAUGAAGGUUUGCAAGGCGUUGGCGACUUCGCUUAGUUUCACGAUGACACCACUACCGUUUGUUUCAAACGCCUCGUAAGGCAAGUCUUUAGUCUGUAUCAGAAAGUCUUUUGCGAUAUGAAUCGGAUAUCUUGGAUCAAAGAAAUUGGAUUGAUCACUUGUAGGCGUUAGAAGAAGUCGAUCCUUAGCCAUUAACCAGGCAAUUGAUUGCAACCAUGUUCGAGAAAUUAAUAUGUUGACCUUUUGAGACUGGUUGCGCACUUGAACGACAGACCUAGAGAGCUUCGUUUGCACGUCCUGGAUCCAUUCGUUUUUGAACAUUAGGUCGAAGUUCUCGCUGAAAGGAUCAAAUGCAGCUGUCGUGCCACGGAGCGAGUACUUGUUAAAGAACGCGCAAUCAGGAACACUGAAUACUUGCGCAAGUUCGAUGAAUCCAGGUAGCAGAUCCGGGGCUUCAUCGUCUUCCAAACUGGGAAGUGGCAUUGUUGGCUCCAAUAUUACCGGUAGCUGUUUUUUGAACGAGACAUACCUCUCUGUGAUGAGAAGUAAGUAGUAGAUCUUUUUAAAUCUGUGCGAUGUAUCUUUUGGCGAUUCUCCCAAAACUUCGUUAUCUCGAAGGUGAAGCAUUUGCGCGCAGCUGAUUGCCUGUCUGAGAUAGACCAAUUCCUGCAGGUUGUCCUCGUCAAGGGAUGAAAAAUAUAUAUGCAGAAAAAAGUUAGUUAAAACCUGGUCUUCCGUGAGCAUUCCGUCAAGCUCAAACAUGUAGAUAGCUCGCUCUGCCUCCCUUACGUAAGUUUCUGGUGGGGGACAGCUUUUGAGCCCUAAGUGAGCCAUUGUAUCAAAUUCCUCCUGGGACCAGAGGGUGGUGUGUCUUGCAAUUACAGCGCACAAGGCGCAUGAGAGUGCGUACAACGACGCAUUGUUGGCAUUGAGUAUGAAAAAUGUGCUAUCGUUUAUGUGAACUGAGCUCUCGUUGAGAAUGUUCAGACAAUCAUCAGCAGACAGGACUGGCCAGAGUGCAUAAUAUCGGGAUUUAUAAAUUGUGAGGUACGGUCGAAUCUCACUUAGCGAGAUUGAGCUUUUCUCGCAGGUGGCAGGAUUGAUUAUACCACCUAAGUUGUGGGUCGUAGUGGCUAAUCGAAGAUUGCUGAACGCGCCACUUCCUUCUAGCAGGCUUUUAAUAGCCUCUUUGGUUUUAUUGUGUAUUUUUCUGGGUCCAGAUCUCUGCUUUACUCUGUUGUUUGUACACUCAAUUCCAUUAACUAAACAGUUGGUGCAUCUGCGAUCCAAUUUGAACUCAGCGUCGCAACGUACUCGUUUGAACGCGCACGCGUCACAAGGCCUGAUAUACGGCCUUUUGGAAUGGGAUUUAUGGCCAGGCGUUUGGGGUUUUGCACGUGUACCGAGAGGCAUAAAAAUGUCUCGAGAAAAUGUAGUUAAAAAUAUUGCACAUUAUUUGCAUUUAACAUGUGGGGAAGUCUCGCGCAAAAUCUUAUUGAUCCGCAAAAUAAAAGGUGCACAUAAAAUAAUUUUGAUCCCUUAAAACGCAAUAAUAAAGACAUCUACGGCCAUUACAAAAGAUUAGUCGAGGAAACAUAUUCAAUUGUAAAGUAAUAACAUCGCAGAACUGAAACUAUACAUUUCAUUUUUAAACUUUAGCAGUGGCCGCACCGGCGUCCAGGUCGCCAUCAACAACCUGUAUAAUAUCCUCAUUAUUCAUUUUUUUUAACAUUUCCUGAGGAUUGAAUGUUUCCACCUGAGUGGACCUAAAUUUACGGGCACUGGUACCGUUUUUGAAGAGGAUGUCCAGUUCAGCAUAAGUUCUUCCUUUUGUUUCUGGGAAUUCAAACCAGAUGUAGAUCAGUGAGCAAAUAGACAAGCCUGCCCAUAAAAGGGCCGCUUUUGCUUUCCAGUUCCAAGCAGUCGGGUUCAGCAUGUACGGAGUGACAAUGGAGAGCGGAAUUUGAGACAGAUUGUACCAGUUUCUUGCAAGGGCAACGGUCUUGGCACGCACCGUCGACGAAGGGAUUUCUGCAACCGUGCAGUAGGUGAUGGGACCGAUGGACGAGUCGUAGACAAAAGUGAAGACAAGGAGCAGCGAGCCAAUUGCCCAAGACGCACUCGUCGACGAAGAAAAGCCCAAACCUCCGACAAUUAUCAGAAUGCACGUGUUUAUGCUCAGACCCAAGAAGUAGAUGUCAAAACGGCCCAAUUUUUGCGAGAGGAGCCACGAGGCAAGUGUUCCAAGAAGACCGAGUGCAUAUUGGAUGAUAGAGAAAGUGAAAGACAUACUGCUGUCAAGUCCUGCCUGGAUGUAAAAGUAGGUCGAAUAGCCCAUCAAGACAGAUCCAGUGAUAUUCUGGAUGAGCCAGAUCAUGGCGGCAAUCCUUGUUCUUCUGAAGUUCCCGUGUUUGAAGCAGUCAAAGUACGAGACAUUGGACGUGCGCGCAGACUCUUCCUUGAUGGUUAGUUGCAUUUUAUUCAGCAUUGCCUCGGCUAGCGGAGCAACAUCUGGCACCUCGGUGUUUGGACUCAAAAGCCUUGUGAUACUUUUCUUAGCUUCUGCGUCUCGGUUCUUUUUAACCAGCCACCAGGGCGACUCCGGGGCCAGGUAGAUUCCAAUCAUGAUUGGCACAGGCCAGAUCCACUGGACAGCGAAAGGAAUCUUGUAUGACCACUCGCUGGUCAGGGUCAUAGUGCCUCUCAGCAAACAAGCAGCAAUCAACUGUCCGAUAACCCAGCAAGCAUUGACAUAAGUGGUAAGGUAGAUUCUCAGAACUACUGGACACACUUCCGAGGCGUAUGACACUGUGAGGGUCUGGAAUGCACCCCAGACAAUACCACAGAGCAGCUCGCCGGCAAGCAGCAUCUGCACGUCGACCGCAAAGAAAAGAAUGAAGAUUAAACCCACAACGGCUGCCAUGAACGAUAUUAACGUACGCCUGUAUCCCCAUUUCUCGGCAACAAGACCUGCAAUGUACAGUCCGACAAUUUCACCGACAUAAGUCGACAUCGAAAGCGAUGUCUGCCACUUGGCAGGGACCUGGUACUGGUCAAUUUCUGGGUAGUACUUGCCGUACUUUUUGGCGAAAGAUUGCAUUGAGUACAGACUGUUCAGGAGCGUGGUAUCGUAUCCUUCCAUGAUGAUGGCUGUGGAAAGCACAAUCGACCAGCAGGCAGCUUUUGGGAAAGUUUUCAGACCUUCCUUCAGCGACAUGUGCUUUUCUUGGUGCUCAUUAUUUUGGGCAUUUGUCGAAAUCUCGACGAAUCUGGCGAUGUAAUCGUUGAAAGCACCACUUCCAUCAUCACUGUCAGAGAGUGUGUUAAUUUUCUUUGUGAUGUCUGGAAUGACUUCAGCUUCUUCAGGCUUCUCGAUGUUUUCGACGAACUCAGGCAUGAUGAUGGACACUAGUGUGUCG